AUGGCGUUAAGGCCAAUGUUAAAAGUAAGUCAGAUUGAGGGAGGAGCUUUAAUAUUGGAGGAACAAUCCGUGGACGUUGCUGGGGAUGACGGACUCGGUACAUACAAACUGUACAAAUACUGCAGUGGGCGAUAUGGUUUCCCGAUCCUUUUUCUUCCGGGAACUCGUGGCUCACAUAAGACCAUCAGGUCUUUGGCAUCGUCGCAAGACUAUUUCAUGCACGGAGCUGACCAACUACCGUUCGAUUACUUUACGAUCGAUCAUAAUGAGGAUGUCACCGCGCUCAGUGGAGAUGCAGUGGAGCGCCAGUCCAGGUUUAUUAAGAUUGUCAUUGACGUCAUCCUAUCGAUGUACCGCGGUACGGUGGAGCCUCCUCAAUCAGUUUUGCUUGUUGGACAUUCGUUGGGUGUGAUUUCCGUAUUGAACUUACUUUCCAAUCCCGAGUUUGAUCAACGCAAGAUCACUACAUCUUCUCCCCCGGUCCUCGAAUGGAUCUUGUGUACGAUAAAAUCGGACGCUAUUUUUUCACCCUUGCCUCGAAUUCCUCGCCGUCAUCCUCUUUGGUUCUGCUGUCUCUCACUGGCGGGUCACGUUCCAGACGUGCUCGGUCGCAUCGAUUUUAGGUUUACUGAAUUGAACGUUCUCUCGUUAUCAACGUCUGCCGUAUCCUAUGUUUGGGCACCUUGUGACCAUCUUUGUAUUCUGUGGUGUCGACAGUUGGUCUACGCCCUAACUUCAGCUCUCCUGGAUAUGAAACUUACUUCACCGGCAGUGGAUCUGUUGCGUGCACCAACUCGAUUGCGGUUGCUGCAGCAGAGGUUGAUUACGCGUCCGGUUCAACUUGAAAAGCACGUGAUCAGAUAUCUACCUACAAAGUCCCCAAUGCCACAUCUGGAUGAUUUUCCGCGAAUGAAGUGGUUGUACAAAACGGGAAGAAAUCACCUUUAUUACCAAGGCGGUUUGCCACCCGAAGGUGCGUAUGUAAAACUUGGUCCGUUUUUUCAUGACCCCAGCCAGCGUGUGCUGAUCAUGGCGCGACAUAUGCAGUCACCAUCGACCUUUCUCUGCCGGUCUUCAACUGAUGCAGCAGUGGAUGAAACCCCAUGCAAGCACAUGUACGCGGUAGCAUCAGAUUCUUCUUAUGUGACUCGGAUGCCCGCCUUCAGUUCGCGCUACCCCUAUACAACGGCUCUGCUAAGUCUUCCAGAAGUACAAUUACCUGAUGGACAACUCGAUGACCCCAUCACAUACGGCUACCCCACUUUAGAAGUUUAUGUCGUCUUGACAUUUCCAUCGUACUUUCCGCAAGACCCGAGACGGAAUCUGCUGGCCUUGUCACGUGGCAUGUCCCAUGGAGCAACCACUUCUACAGUUCAUUCAUCAGGUUCUGGGGAUGCCAGCAAGAUGGUCCAAAACGACAAACCUUCAAGCCUGACUUCUAAGGAGACUUGGUACCAACAGUACUCGUUCUUUAUCCACAUUGUUGCCGCAUUGCUUCAUCUGAUGUCGUUUCAUUUACUCAAUUUUCCCACAUCCGACUGGAUCCGCAUGCAAAAAUACGGGCAUUUGGGUCUGCGUUAUAAUGACUUCUUCGCCUACCCUUCGAAGAUUUCAUCCCUCGACUGGGUGUUAGCACAUUGUCCUCUGCUCCUUCUUACCAUCCCACUGAGUAUCCUGGUCCCUUGGUUCCUCACGCUCUUUUUGGCAGCGCAGUGUCGAAGCGGUCACUGGUUUGCUCGUAUACAUGUGCGUUUUUUCAAUGGUGGAAACCUCAUCCAGCACCGGAGGCAGCAUCAACUCAGCUAUUUUCUUCUAACCACCACUCUUCUGUUUGGUGGACUGGUCUCCGAGGCAGUAGGUAUCCUACUCCUCGCCAUAUUUCUCCGCUUUCGGAUUCACCUGAAAGUAGUCCAUUCAAUCAUUCAGAACUCUUCGUCACUCGGAAAAUCGCGUCCGACGACGGAAAAAUAUAACGGGUCGUCUCUGUCACACUACUUGGCAUUUCCUUAUUUGUUUUUCACAACGCUGAUCAUGCUGAGCCUACUUUUACCCGAAAAUUGGGUCUCGGUGUUUUUUCGCUUACAACAUUACAUGAGGACUGGACCAUUUGCCUUUCACCUCCUGCUUCGGGUACCUUCCAUUCCCUCUGACGUCUAUCUCCUGUUCAUUUUCGUCGCAUUAACUUGCCUUACCUGGCUUACUGAACUACGGACGCCAGACGACGAUUCCAGUGACAUUCAGGCUGUCACCAAUCAAAAAUCUUACGUAUUCCGUUCCAUUGUCAUUUUACUAUGUCUAACUGGAUGUUUUAUUUAUGUGUUCUUACUUCUACACACUGCAAUCUUCUACUUCCGAAUAAUGUUGUUCUGCUCUUCCGGAGAGAAAGGGUGGUAUUGUUCAGUUUCACAUCACUCUCGUUUUGAACAGUCGUCCUCUUGUCCUGGCGCAAUUAUUCAUGUGCAUCCACACCAAAGGAGGGGGAAGCAAUGGACUCCGGUUUCGCUCUUGUUAGAGCUCAUCGGCUGUGCAUAUCCAAUGGCCGUGCCGGGGUUUGAACGCCGGACACCUGACAUGCUAGGCGAACAUGUUACCACUAUUCCACCAGCGCACGUUGAGCAAUACACCUCCCACAAAACCCCCACAUGCAUCAACAAAAAGUUGUCCAGCGGGUUUCAAGCGUGUGUGGCGCUACCUGACUGGGAAGUCCUGACAAGCGGGCCAAUCAAUCGUCACAACCAGGACAGUUACUAG